AAAUUACAAAUUAAUAGCCCAAAACAAUUUUGGCCCACUUGAAAAACCCUAAAGCCCUUUCCAACCCGUAAGUAUAAAUAGUGCUAUUAUCGCCGCAUUUCAUCUUUCACGCUAGGGUUUCUGCAACUUCAUCUACAAUGGGUAAGGGAACAGGAAGUUUCGGUAAGAGAAGGAACAAGACUCACACACUAUGUGUGAGAUGUGGUCGCCGUAGUUUCCAUCUCCAGAAAAGCCGUUGUUCUGCUUGUGCUUAUCCUGCUGCCCGUAAAAGAUCAUACAACUGGAGUGUGAAGGCAAUCCGCAGAAAGACAACUGGUACUGGACGUAUGAGGUACCUCCGCAAUGUCCCUCGCAGAUUCAAGACCAAUUUCAGAGAAGGAACUGAAGCAGCUCCAAGGAAGAAGGCCGCCGCUUCUGCUUGAAUCCCUUGGAGAGAGUAAUUGAGGAGGCUACUUUUGAUUACGUUAGCUUAAUUUGGGUUUUCGAGUAUUAGAGAGCGAGAAAAUUUUGGGAAACUUGUGUCCGGGGUUUGAUGCUCAGUCAAAAUUAGAGUUAUUUAUGUUACCAUUAUCAAAAAAAAAAAAUUAGAGUUAUUUAUAUUUUGGAAAUGUGUUGUUGAAAUUAUCAUUUUGAUACAGAUGGAUUUUAUUUUAUAGUGCUUUCUAUUUUUGGUU